UUAACGUCCCAGACGUGUAUCCUCCAAAUGCGACGAGAUGAAAGCUAACGUUGGCUAUCUUUUAAAAAUUCCUACACUCGCCACCUUUCCGCCUUCUUAGUUGUCUCUUUAGUUGUUUCCAGUCGGAGAAUUUGUACGUUAGACCCGCUGAAAAGCGUCCAGUUGAGACAGAGACCGCAGUGAAAAUGGAUUGAUCCAUGCUGCUGAGGAGCCAGGAAUGGAUUGAGGUGCGGAAGCUAGCGUUAGCCGGCUAGCCAUGGAGGAAGCUAGAGGAGCUGACUUUGUAUCGUUAGCGUCUAUUCCGUAAAAUGACUUGACAUUAGUCAUUAACCUUACAAAAGUAUUCAGUCCACGCAUGUAAUUAUUAUUAAAGGGCACCGGUGCUAUGCUGCGCACACGCCCUGAAUAUGUCCCGCACAUACCGCAGACGCCCAGUUGGCUGUCAGGACAUAGAUCCCUUUCUCCUCUGAAGUAAGGUUUCUCACUUUGCAGCCAAACACACAGGCUAAGCAGGGCCCUCAAAUACUAUACUCAACAUUUUUAAAGGUUUAAAUUUAGGUUUUAUUUGAAAGAAGAUCCCAGUGUCAUAUUUAUUUAUAUUUAUUAGAAAAUUUAGAUUAAACUUUGCAGACCCCCUGUGGCCCAGUGUUGUCACUUAGAUUGGCAGGCGUGCCCUCCUGAGUUGUAUGGGAACCAGUAGCAGGACUGUUGUAGGUAAACCAUGGGAGGUUCGGUGUCCUGCUGCAUCUCUCCUGGAGAGAGUCCCAAGAUCCACAGGAGAGAAGUGGAGCUGGAGGAGUGUCCCAUCACCACCACCGAGGAUGUGAGCGAAGACACUGGGACCUACCUGCAGCACAUCAGCGACAGGGAGCUCCCUGAUGAACUGGCCCAAGAGGCCAACCCAUCGGACCACCCCCGAGCCAGCACCCUCUUCCUCAACAAGUCGCAGACGGACGUGCGUGAAAAGAGAAAAAGCAACUACAUGAAUCAUCAGAUGUCCCCAGGGCUCCUGACAAAAAAGUACAGUUCCUGCUCAACAAUAUUCAUCGAUGACAGCACAGUCAGCCAGCCCAACCUCAAGAGCACGAUCAAAUGCGUCGCAUUGGCCAUAUACUAUCACAUAAAAAACAGAGAUUCAAACCGCUCACUGGAUAUAUUCGAUGAGAAGAAGCACCCCCUGUCGCGAGAAAAGGUUCCAGAUGACUACUCUGUGAUCGACCCUGAACACAAACUCAUCUACCGCUUCAUUCGAACACUCUUCAGCUCUGCGCAGCUUACUGCCGAGUGCGCAAUCGUCACUCUGGUUUACCUGGAAAGGCUGUUGACAUAUGCCGAGAUGGACAUUUGUCCUUGUAACUGGAAGCGGAUUGUUCUCGGUGCCAUCCUGCUGGCCUCUAAGGUCUGGGACGACCAGGCUGUGUGGAACGUUGACUACUGCCAGAUCCUCAAAGAUAUCACAGUGGAGGACAUGAAUGAGAUGGAGCGUCACUUUCUGGAGCUGCUCCAGUUCAACAUCAAUGUUCCAGCCAGCGUCUAUGCCAAGUAUUACUUUGACCUGCGCUCACUGGCUGAUGACAACAACCUCAGUUUCCCUCUGGAGCCACUGAGCAACAAGCGGGCCCAAAAACUGGAGGCCAUCUCCAGGCUGUGUGAGGACAAGUACAAGGACCUGAGUAAAUCGGCUAUGAGGAGGUCUGUCAGUGUAGACAACCUGGUUGGCAUCAAGAACUCCCAGGCUGUGCUGUCUUAAGUCUGCGACAGAGGCGGGGCAGGAAGCUACAGGAUUCAAAAAGUGAGACAGCAAGAGACAUUUCCAAAGUAGAUAAUAUCAGUAACUGAAAAAUUCCAUCACAAAGUGUUAAAUGUUGACUUAAGGGAGGAACAAAAGAGCAGAAGUUUACCAUACAAUAUCUCUAAAGUAUAAUGAAUCCAGUCUCUAUGUGUUCAUUACAAAGAACUUCAGCAAGCUGCCUUCAAAGCAUGAUAAUUUGGAUAAGUAUUUUGCAGACUCACAUUUUUUCAAAUCAUGGAUGUGUAACUUUGGAAGGAAUCAGCACGAAAAUGCUUCCCGGAGUCAAACAAACUGAAGACCUCAUCUUUUUUCCACAUCAGCCGAUUUUUUGAGGAGUCUCAUCUCUCUCCACCAGCCGUACCCCUCACCCUUAAUCACAUAAUGACAGACUGUCUUGAACUACCCUGUGGUGUAGUUCUGCACACGGACAAAGAGUAGACUUUGUUUUGCUUACUAUGUAGGCCCCUAUAGUUGUGAAAUGUACGAGACUUUAUUUAAUUCAAAUAAAUUUCAGUCGCUGUUGAAAGUUGAGGCUGCUUAGGUGGGACAA